UGGAGACUAAUUGCUAGGUUUCUUAAAAAGAUUUAUAAUGGAUCCCAAGUUGAGCUUUCUCAACUUAAUUCUACAUUUGAGCAAUGGUACAGUUUUGUCAGUAAUUACAUACCAAUGAGGAACAGGAUCUUCACUGGAGCAAAAGCUGACAUAUGGAGGAAAAUGUUUCCCUGUGUCUGCAAGAUUUUUGCAAGAUUUCGCAUCACAAUAAAAGAAGGAUGUGGAGCUGAAGGAUAAUGUUUACCUGUGGGGAAGUUAAGUAUGGUUCUGCUGGUGAUGACUGCAUUCUUAUCAAUCUGAAAACUGUGGGCUUGCUGCACUACAGCUGUUUGAGGGCUAUUAUUUACUCAUCCCGAAGGUGCUCUUACCUGAGGAGCAGAUAUAUCAGCCCCUUUUCAGAAAUGGAGACAUUCCUAAAGAUUGGCAGCAUGUAUCAGAUUGUGCCGGUGGCUCCUGGGGAGCAGCAGAUGGCUGGGGGACCCGGAGGCUCUCCACUUAAGAAGAAACUUUCUCAUGAAGGUCGGCCACUGGUGAUGGCAAGUAUGUUGGGCUGUGUGCUGGUGCUAGCUGCUGUGGUCGCCUGGUGCUAUUACUCAGUGUCACUUCGUAAAGCCCAGUUGUUCAAGACAGCGUUGUUAGACCUGAACAAGGAUGGUUUUAUUAUUCACAACCAAGCUGGGGCUGUUGUCUUCACUAUGACAUUCAGGUCUGGCACUCUGGAUCUGGACUCUUGCUCAAAGGAGGGAGAUAUUCUGAGCUGCACUCAGUCGAAUUCUGGCAAGCUCAACUUUUUUAUCCAAACAGUUCGUCCAAAGGACACGGUGAUCUGCUAUCGGGUUCGCUGGGAGGAGCUGCAGAAUAAGCACUUGGUAGAGCAUGUCAUGGCCUAUAAUGACUCUCAUUGGUAUGGAGGGGCAGAGACAGCAACACAGUACUGGCCUAUCAGAUUUCAGGGAGAAGAGGAACCACGACCUUUCAUCACAAGUGACGUCUACUCCAAUCGAAAUGCUUUUGGAGGAAUUCUAGAGCGGUACUGGCUGUCAUCAAAUGCAACUGCCAUUAAGAUUAAUGACUCAGUACCGUUUCAUUUGGGCUGGUCAGAGAAGAACAGGACACUGAGGUUCCAGGCCCGGUACCAGGACUCUCCCUUCAGACCACUAGAAGGACAGCAGACCUUUCCUGAACUCAGUUAUAGAGUCUGUGUGGGGUCAGAUGUCACCUCUAUUCACAAGUACAUGGUGCGCCGGUAUUUCACAAAGCCUAUCAAAGUCCCAUCUGCUGAUUUGUUCAAAAAACCAGUGUGGUCCACAUGGGCUAUCUACAAGACAGCUGUAACUCAGGAGAAGCUGCUGCGCUAUGCCGCUGACAUCACUAGGCAUGGCUUCAACUGCUCCCAUCUAGAGCUGGAUGACCGUUACACAGCAGAUUACGGAGAGUUUGACUUUGACCCGCAGAAGUUCCCCAAUGCAAGCGGCAUGUUUGACAAACUAAGAGAGGGCGGCUUUCAAGUUACACUCUGGACGCACCCUUUUAUCAACUAUGACUCCAUUAAUUUUGGUGCAGCUGUAGAGAAAGAGCUAUUUGUCCGUGAGCCAGGCGGUGAACUGCCCGCUCUGGUUCGCUGGUGGAACGGGAUUGGAGGAAUCUUGGACUUCACAAACCCAGACGCUCGUGAAUGGUAUUCCUCAAACUUGCACAUGCUCAAAAGUCGCUAUGGGGUGACCUCCUUCAAGUUUGAUGCAGGUGAAACGAGCUACCUGCCCCGUCAGUUUAGUACCCUAGGCCCACUGUCAAACCCUUCCACCUUCACCCGCCGCUACGCAGAGAUGGCUAUACCAUUUAUGGAGCAUGCUGAGCUAAGGGUGGGUUACCAGAGUCAGAAUAUCUCCUGCUUCUUCAGGAUCAUUGACAGAGACUCGGUGUGGGGUUACGAGCUUGGCCUCAAGUCCAUCAUCCCUACUGUUCUGACUAUAGGCAUUCUGGGUUACCAGUUUGUCUUACCUGAUAUGAUAGGAGGAAAUGCAUACCCAAACCAUACUGCAGGUGGGUUAAAUGGUCUGCCAGACAGAGAACUGUACAUCAGAUGGUUGGAGCUGUCUGCCUUUAUGCCUGCCAUGCAGUUCUCCAUACCUCCAUGGGCUUAUGACAAUGAGGUGGUAAAGAUAGCGCAGAAGUUCACAGGGCUCCAUGAAACUCUGGUGGCACCAAAAGUUCUUGAAUUGGCACACGUGGUUCUUGAUACAGGAGACCCGAUCAUAAGGCCCCUCUGGUGGAUUGCCAAUGAUGAUGAGGCUGCCUAUAAGAUCGACUCCCAGUUCCUGAUUGGGGAUGACCUCAUGGUGGCUCCAGUGUUGGAGCCAGGAAAGCAAGAGAGGGAUAUCUACUUGCCUGCAGGACGAUGGAAAAGCUACAAGGGGGAACAUUAUGAUAAAGGUCCCAUGUACCUCACUGAUUACCCUGUGGACCUGGAUGAGAUCGCUUUCUUUACAAGGGUUCUUUGAAGGCAUUAAAGAAUUGAAAACUGGACUGACACACAAACACACACACAUGCGCCCGCAAACACACGCACACAAUUUUUUGAGCACACAUGCCAAGUAAAAGCAGGGAGGCACCACCAGAAGCUUGAGUUGAGAGUAGAGUGACAUUUUAAUGAAGAUUAACCUCAUGUCUCUUCCAUCCUGCUCUUUGUCAGGACUUCUGCCUGCAGAUUAAAACCCUCCGCCCAAAGAAUUAGAAUUACUUUCUAAUUCUCAUUUUGCAUCCUUAAGCUAAUACUCAUCCUUGUGUGCCUUUCACAGCCAAUAGAAGAUCCGAUCUGUGAUUGUAUCAUCACCAUUCUUACCCUUAGUGGCCAUCUAAUACUGCGUUUUUUUUUAAAAAGCCCAAAGCUCUAUAGCAAGCAUGGUGGCGGUUUUGGGUUAAUAUUAUUUCCAUUAGCUUAUUAAUUGAAGUAACUACCAUUUAGGGGGUCUUUUUGGGGGUUGACUGGGUUGGGCAAUAAAAAAAAUGCACUCUAGCCAUACUUAACUCUGUGUUUUUAACUUUUUAAGCUAACAUGCAUUAAUUUGCAUUGCACUUACAUCUACAUUUUACAGUCUUUUGAUUAAUUUCUCUUUAUAUUUAUUAAUUUUUUAUUUGUGGAUAAUGUUGGAUGUUUUUAAAUAUGCAUGAUUCUGGGGAUAAAUAAGGGGUGAACAAUAAGCUGCAAAUACUUUUACGUCAGUGAGUCCCAUAACCUAUAGUGCCAUUAUAUUAUUUUAGUGCCAAAAUCUACUGCUUUAUGCUUUUUAAUAAAAAAGUCUGCACAAGUCAACUUAACUGCUCAGGGUACAUUGAAAAGGUAUUUAUUAUCGAUCUACAGUAAUAUAUUUGUUAUACUUUACUGUGCAAAAGUCUUGCGCCGCUUCUCAUUUUCUUAUUUUAAUUUGAAGGAGCCAAACUUUCUUGCAAUUUUUAAGUGUUUUUUGGGCAAUAGUUGUCCAGGCUUGUCUGAAGGUCUUUCAGAUUUUUUUUUUUCUAUGGAUUUUGGCUUUUACUUGUUUUCAGUCCAAGUCACGUAGCUGACUAUUUUUAGAUGAGUGUUUAUUGUUUGCGAAGCCACUUAACACUGACCUAUGAAUAACUAGAGCUUAAAGGAAGACACCUAACACAAGGGAGGAACUACUGUUGUGUUUAUCACAGACAACUUUGUAAGGAACUAAUUUUAAAUUGUAUCUUAGGAACUGUUUUGCUACCAGCUGGUCUCAAAAACAUAUAAUUGUCCCCUUUUUUUUUUCUCUUUUUUUCAGCCGAAUCAACAAAAAUGUCAAGGUUUACACAGUUUGACAGGCAUAAAAUUGUAUUUUUGCAUCACCAAGGUUAUAGGAGAAAACUUGGCAUAUGGUGUGCGGUGUGUCCUUAAAAACAUUGAGGAAACUGGACAAUCGGACAAAAGAAAUUACAGACAUAAAUAGCUGUCGGCAGCGGAUGAACAAUCUCUGUUUCUUAAGUUGUGUCCUUAAGAAAUUUGUGCUUCAUUUCAUCUACUGUUCACUGAGGCCUUAUCAGAAAUGGUCUCAGUAAAAGGGUGGCUGUCAAGAAGCCAUUCUUAAGCAAGGGAAAUGGGGAGAAAAGGCUGAGGUGGGUCUAAUUACAAAAGAAUUGGACUGAAAAUCAGUGGCAAUCAGAUGGAGUGAUGAAUCCAAAUUUUUUGGGGGGCGUUCAAAUCAUCAAUGGUAUUUACAGAAGAGGUCAAGACAGAGUCACAAUGGCGAGUGUCUACAGCACAGUCAAGUCACUGUCAGGGUUUGGGGCUACAUUUUAGCCAGUAUUGUUGGGGAUCAGCAGACUACUUGAAGAAAUGACACACAAGCUUACCUAAGAGAGUUCAGGCAGUGUUAAAGAAUAAAGGUGGUCGUACCAAAUACUGACUUUCAAACUCAGUAGAAUUGUACAAACUCUGUUUUUGCCUUAUUUGUUUUUUUUCUCUGUAUGUUUGCAUAUUUCAGUAAAUUGCUGUCCUAUUUCCCAGUCAUAUCUUUAAAAUAAAGAGAAAUGAGGGGUGGCUCAAGACUUUUGCACAGCACUCUAUUAUUAUAACUGAUUUACCUUGUAAAACAGUUAUUAUUCUCAAAGAUGCCAUAUAUUAGUGUGCCAUCUAUGUCUGCCUUGUGGCUUCAUUUGCCUUAUUAGCUAAUCUAUGGUAUGCCAACCUUAGCACAGAGAACCAGAGGGAUAAAACACAUUUCUACAUACAUUGAUGUUUUUGAUGCAAUGUUUCAAAGCAGUGACAUUGCAAAGCGCAUGAAGAGUUUAAAUGUUUGUCUGCUCUUUCAUAGUGAUUGCCAGCAUGAGAGUAAAGCACACCAAGUAAUUUGAAUGCCUUGCUUGAAAAUAAUGAAAACAGCAGUGUUACUAUAUAUGAAUUUGUCUUGGAAUCACAGCAACUUACAAAUGAUAAAUCCUAUAAAUUGGCCGUGUUUAUGUUUUUUCUUGCAUUCUUGAUCCUACCACAAGAAAUGUUAAAAUCUUACACAGAGUGGCUAUUACUGACACAGUACACAGCAGCAUUUCUUCAAAUGAAUAAGUAAAUGGAUGCAUACAUAAUUUCAUACUUCUUUUUAGUAACCUUACUUUGUCAUCUUUGUUGUGAAACCAGGAAAGCUUGUGUGAGAAUCUAACCCAGUGGUUCUUAACCUUUUUGGAGGUACCGAACCCCACCAGUUUCAUAUGCGCAUUCACUGAACCCCUCUUUAGUGAAAAAUAAAAUAAGAUUUUUUUCAAAUUCAAGACAUACAUAUGUUUUUUACUGGUGCACAAAAUGAGCCGUGCAUGUCACGGCGGAGGCUCUGCCGAACCCCUGAGACCGACUCACCGAACCCCUAGGGUUCGAUCGAACCCAGGUUAAGAACCACUGAUCUAACCUAUGUUAAAUAGGUUAGAUCGCAAAAUGUAAAAUAUAACAUGUAUGUAUGAAGGUUUUUAAAAGGAUAUUUACUUAAAACACAAUAAGUGGAUUUGGUGAUCAUAUACUGUUUGAUGUUUUAGGUGUGAUGGUGAAAUCCUCAGUGUGAGUCAACAGAGAUGUGACUGUUAAAGGGAAAGUUUUCUGUGUAAAAAUGUUUUUUGUUGUUGCUCCCCCCCCGUGAUUGAGUGAUUGAAUUAGAAGGUAGACUGCCAAAGAACAAAUAUUUAAUUUUAUUUAUGCAUAUGGUAUAUGUUUGUUUUUCAUGUGACAUCUAGAGAAGUACUGUAUGUAUUGUAAUGAAUGACUUAUGUGUAUUUACCUGCGAUCAGACUAGGUGAAAUUCACCUACUUGACUUUUGCAUCACUGUUGACUUUUUCAGGUUAUUCACCUUUAAAGACAUGUUUUUCAUAGUUGCAAACACUGUAUAUGCCUGAUGCGUCUCUUACGAAAGAGUCAUCUCAGUCACAGAGUGAGCACAUCAAAUGGGUGGGAAAAGUGAUUUCUGCACUUGUGGAAAUAACUGUAAAAAGCAAUUAAAUAAGUCUUUAUCAGACAGCUAAAAAAAUAAAUGAUUGAUCUGCUCGCAAUAACGUCUAUUUUUCUGUCCUGGUUUUUUUGGCUUUCUGUUAGAGCUCACAAAAAAUCUUUUUGCUGUAGUGAUGUGAAUUGCAGAAUCCUAGGAAUUAAACAAUUC